AGAUAGGUGGAUGUUUCUGUUUAACAGAGAUAUCUCAUGGAACUAACUCGAGAGCUAUGAGAACUGAAGCAGUGUUUGACAAGAAAACACAAAGUUUUAUCAUUCAUACACCAGAUUUUGAAGCUGCUAAGUGCUGGUCUGGAAAUCUAGGAAAAACAGCAACUCAUGCCUUAGUGUUUGCCCAGUUGUACACUCCAGAUGGUGUUUGUCAUGGUCUUCACACUUUCUUUGUACCCAUUCGUGAUCCACGGACAUUUUUGCCCUACCCUGGUGUUACCAUAGUAGACAUGGGUCAUAAACUAGGGCUAAAUGGUGUUGAUAAUGGUGUUGUAAUGUUUGAUCACUAUUCAAUUCCCCAUGAAAAUCUUCUCAACCGCACUGGAGAUGUUACACCAGAUGGGAUUUAUAAGACACCAUUUAAAGAUCCUAACAAGAGAUUUGGUGCAUCAUUGGGUAAUCUGUCAACUGGGAGAGUUGGAAUAAUUGGCUUUGGUGUUAUAAACAUUAAGAAGGCACUCACAAUUGCUGUCCGGUAUUCAGCCGUCCGUAAACAGUUUGGACCUGAAAAUGAUGAAUUUCCUGUAAUUGAAUACCAGAUGCAGGUACUGAGAAUCAAGGCUCUUAUGUUGUUGAAUUUAUAGAA